CAACCUUCACCGAGCGUUACUAGUCUUCAUGUUUAUUGAGUUCACGUUAGCGUUGCUAUAAUUUAGCAAGCGGAAGCCAGUUAACGUGACAUUUGCAAACCAUUGAACAGACGUGCAAACAAAGUGCCGCAACGUGAGGUAGAAAUAACUAACUUCUGCAGUUUGCCCAACCAAGUUAAUGUUAACGUUAAUGUGAACUUAAUAUGACCAAAACACAACAAUUGGAGCUCUACACUCAUGGCUAGACACCUGGCGUUAACCCUAGCUGGUAACGUUAAUGGUUUUCAGUAAAUACGAUUACCAAGUUGUCUCUAAACUAGUGUGACAUUUAAGAAGCCGUAAGCAGACACAGCACCGCGGCGUUCAGUGAGAUGUGCUGUGUUCGAAACCGAUGUGCAUUCUUUGUAACGUAACCCGGACGACGGGGGGAGUCACGUGACUGAACGGGACCGGUAAAGGUGGAGUAACCGUGAGAAGAACAGCGGAAGGAGGCUGAACCAUGUCACUCUGAACUGAACACGAACAGCAGCUGGUAGCCUAUGUUUCCUGGGUGAACUCUCAGCUGAAGAGGAAGCCAGGCCUGAAGCCUAUUACGGACCUCAGGCAUGAUCUGCAGGAUGGGGUGGUGCUCACGCAACUAAUAGAGAUAGUUGCUGGGGAAGUGCUGGAGGGAGUGUAUGAUGCUCCACAAAACAAAGAGGAAAGCAGAAAGAAUGUGGAGCAAGUUUUGCAGUUCAUUUCCUCCAGACACAUACGGAUGCCACACAUAUCCGCAAGAGACAUUGUCGAUGGUAAUCUGAAAUCUGUAAUGAGGAUAAUUCUGGCGCUGGCUGCCCACUUCAAGCCCUCAGCCAACCACAGGGCUGCUUCUGGAAGUGGGAGGGGUUUGGCAAGAGGCUCUGCCAACCACAACCCUCUCUCCACUGUUGCAUUAGCACAAGGUGCAGCUGCCGCACUUGCAUCAGCACGACACGAUGCCUCUCAGCCUGCACAUGCCACACGUAUUCACAGUGGCUGGGGGUUGGAUGGGGAAAAGAGUGUGUGUGUUCGUGCACUCGUUGAGCAGUAUGAAAGACGAUCUCCGGAUGAGGAGGACAACCCCCAGCCUAGCAGCCUGCAAUCCAAACAUGAGUCAGAAUAUCAACAAAAUGAACUACUUUGCUACUCCGUCAGUCCACUGUCAUCUACAAGAGCUCCACCCAGCAGCCACUCAGACAGACAGCAGGAAGGCUACCAACAACAAGAGAUCAGUGCCGAGUCAUCUCAUGCAUCGGAGACGGCGUGGGAGGAUUCUCUCAGUGAAACUUUUGAGAAGGAGGUGCAGGACACACGAAAAAUGGUGUCUGCUUUACAGGCCCUGCUGUUGCAUGGUUCACUGCCUGAGGAUGAGCAGGAUGUGUCUCUGAGUUUGGACCAAGGCAACACUGAGCAGCAACUGGUAGUCAUUCGCAGUCGUUUAGAUCAGAGUAUGGAGGAGGCUCAGGAGCUGAAGCGGGAACUGUUGCGCUGUAAGCAGGACAUGAGAAACCUGCAGGGAGUCAAGGACGCCCAGCAGCAGAGGCUGUGCACUCAGGAGGCAUCAAUUCUGCAAAUGAAGCAAGAGCUUCUCAGAGCCAGCAUUACGAAGGACGAACUCAACAACAAGAAUGCAGAGCUGCAGUGGAAGCUGGAGGAAUGUAACAGGCUGUGGGGCGAAUGCAAGAAAGAGAUUGGACAGAAGGACAGACUAUUGCAGCAACUCAAACACAAGCUUGAAGAAAGCCAAAAAAAGCAGAGUGAAUUGCAACGAGAGUUGGAGCAUAAACACAGCAUGCAGAUUCCUGCCGGCACAGAAAACAAUGGAUUUGCUUACUCUGGAAAUCCAGCUCCCUCUAUGUCAAGCCAGGCAGAGGAAGUCCAGCUGCUCAGAGAUGCACUUAGAAGUUUGAGGAACAACUUCAGAGAUCAUGACCCGCAGCACCAUACAUUGGACACCCUGGAGCAGGGCAUAGUGUCACUCAUCGACAGACUGCACGUUCUGCACACACACAGGGGAAGGGGGAAAUCUCCAAGACGCAAAGAUCAACACACAGACUCUGACACCUGGCCAUGUACAAAGGUUUGUCAGUCCCACAGUGGUUCUUCUGCAUCCACUAAAAUCCUUUAUUUUACUGGAAAAUCGCCAACGCCUUCCAUGAUCAAUAUACCGAAAAGGCUGGGUGAGGUGACUCUCAAGGAUGUUAAGGCAGCUGUGGAUCGAGAGGGAAACUACAGGUACCACUUCAAGGCCCUGGACCCUGAGUUUGGCACUGUGAAAGAAGAGGUAUUCUUGGAUGGAGCCAUCAUUCCAGGCUGGGAAGGGAAAAUAGUGGCCUGGGUAGAAGAGGACUGUGGUGAGGAAAGGCCAUUGUAGGUUCAAGCUGAGAGGCCAUUCUCUUCUUGCUUUUGCUUCUGGUUCCUCUGAUCCCGGAGACUCAUCCAGACAACUGUGUGGACACUUUUUGAGAUUCAUGUCAGCAAGAGAUUUGGGUUGGUCAGCUGGUACUAAACCACACUGAUAUGUCCUACUCGCUCUGGAAACUGAUUUCUAGUAUAUCAUAAAGCUGAAACUAUAGUAUCAAAACUGGACUAGACAGUAACAUUAUUGUAACAUAGCUGUUUUUAAAACCACAUUAGUGUUGUUUCAUCUGUAGUUUUACUUCUGGUUUGUACUGAGGAAUUGGAAAAAGGUCAAUUUUAACUGCCCAAUAUCCCUUUUCAUUCCAACCAGAUUACAUGUUAGAAAUAUGUACUGUCCAUUGUUCUUUAGCACUGGUACAUUUCAGUCGUUAUUGUGAAUGUGAAGUGAAUAUACAGUAUUAUCUAUCAUAACAAGAAAUAGGAGGUUAGAAAAAAACGUUUGAAAAAAAUACCACUUUUAUAAUGUUACAAGGAAAAAAAACCUACUGCUGACAAAUACACUGAGCAGAUACCAGCUUCUAAUACUAUUACUAUGUUUUGUAUUAAUUACAUAUGACAGAUAACAGUAAAAAGAAAGAGUUUGAACAGAAAAGUCUAUUGCAAAAAGAAAAAAAGAAAAAAACAACAACACCGGAAUGUAUUUCAGACUAUUAAGUUUCACUAAAUAGGACCCAAAUCCAGAUGUGGGUUUUAAAUGUCUGUAGCACACCAGCAAGCAUGCUCAAACUGAACUGCUGUCAGUGAACAGAAAUGAUGUUGGAACCUUUUUUGUGUUCAUGUAGAAAUGCAGAUCAACAGCACUGUUAUUUUGUUAACGUUAUGAAAUCGUUUUGUACACUUGUGUAAAAUAUUUUCACCAUGUCCUUAAAUUGUUUUUGUAAGUUUAUGUCUCUGAUUUGUUUAAAGAGAGAUUCUAAUGAGGUGAGAGCACUUCUGGUCCUGUUCAAAAGAUGCUGUGGAUGUGCAUUUGAACAUCAGAGAUUUAAAAGAGAUUUUGUCCUGAAACAAUGGAUCAUCCCAUUAUUUAUGGUAUGUGUGUGUGUGUGUGUGUGUGUGUGUGUGUGUGUGUGUGUGUGUGUGAGAGAGAGAGAGAGGUUCCACUUGAUGCAGUGAAAUGCUCAGCUCUCUUCAGAUAGACUGAAACUGGAUGAUACACAUUUUCGGUAACUCUGCUUCUGUCUCUUCCCAUUUGGGAUCAGUGUGUACGCCUCCUCUAACAAGCCAAUAGAAAUAUGCAUCAGUAUAAUUUUAACUGAAACCCAUUUGAAUGCCAUAACUGCCUGUUACUGUAAAAUGUACAAUUUGCUGGUGAGAUGGUUAUUUAGAUUUGUUUUGUUUACUCAAAGUUUUACAAAAUAUGGAUACUGUCAGUUUAAAGAAAUAAACAUGGCCUUUGUUGAAUGUGAAAUAAAACCUUUUUUGUUUUUAAAAA